AUGGCUGAAAUCCUCAUCCUCAAGAUCUUAGAUGGCGUCGUCGAGGAGAUCCCUCGCGCCCGGCAUCCCAAAUGUGUCGGCGGCCUCUUGGUCGAUCGACUCACGCACUUCCCUGAGCAGGUCGCCGAAGAUGGCGGUAUUCGCUCGGUAAAGCGUCUCCUGCGCCCUACGCUAGCACUCUGCGACACUGAUAGCGUCGCUAUUCGACCGGAGCUGCCUGUGGAAGACGUAGAUGAGCACCAUGGAUACUAG